UUUGUAAAGUCAUUAUUGGAAGAAAAAAAAAAUCAGCCACACAACACAGCUCCAAUGUUAAUGUCAUUGGACCGUUUCACUUGAAAGAAAAGUCGAAACUCCUUUUUCAUUUUCAAACCAACCGUUUAUAAAGCAUAUACGAGAUCCAGGUAAAUCAACGGUCCACGUUUAUCGACCGUUGCAUUUAAAUCCCAAAUGCAAAAAUAUUUUCCUUCAUAUUCAAAAUUCGACCGUUGUCUAUAUCACAACCUUCUUCUUCCUAACUUCCCUCUUUCCUCAUUCAGUUCACUUUCUUUAUGGAAAACUGAUGAAUUUUCUUCUCUCUAUUAGACCUUACCUUAACUGCUAUUCUUAGUUUCUGACUCUUUAUUCUUUACUAAGUUCCAUUAACCAUGGUGAAUACAGCUUCUUCUUCUUCUCCGGUGAAAAUAACCGUCUCUUCCGGAGGAAAAGCAGCAGGAAGUAGAAGCAUGGGUUUAACAAGUCCACAACCACGCGCUUCAAUCUCCAACAACAACACCAAUUCCCCUCUAUCAAACAGAGCUUCCGGUGGUGGUGGAAGGAGGUUCUCCGGUGGAGGUAACUAUUCCUCAAUGUCCAAAGAAGAUGUUACAGAAGCAACAACCUCAGAAUAUGUUUCAUACACAGUUCACAUUCCUCCAACACCAGAUCGCAUGCCACUCUCAACUUCACAAACAAGCCUUCCUGAAGAUCCCAAAAACAACAACAGUUUCAUUUCCGGUACAAUCUUCUCCGGCGGUUUCAACACCGUGACACGAGGCCACGUCAUCGAAUUCUCCACUGUUCGCGAUGAUCAACCGAUUAAAUCUAAAUUGAUAUGUGGAAUGAGAGGCUGUGAUGAGGAAGCAAUAAAGGGUGUUGGUACAUGUGAGUGUGGGUUCAAGAUUUGCAGGGAUUGUUACAAGGAGUGUUGUGGAAAUGGAGGAGGAGGUAAAUGUCCAGGUUGUAAAGAACCUUACAACAAUGUGAGUGAUGAUGAAGAAGAAGAAGAGGAAGAGGAAGAGGAAGAAGAGUGUGAAGAUCAAGCAAAACCUUUACCUUCAAUGGCGGAGUUUAAGAUGGACAAGAGGUUAUCUCUUGUGAGAUCUUUUAAAGCUCAGAAUCAGAAUCAUCCACCGGAUUUUGAUCAUACUCGUUGGCUCUUUGAAACUAAGGGAACUUAUGGAUAUGGAAAUGCUGUUUGGCCUAAAGAUGAAUUUGGUUCCAAUGGAUAUGAAUCCCCUUUUGAUUUUGAAAAUAAAUCUCAAAGACCUUUGACCAGAAAAGUUGGGGUCACAGCUGCAAUUCUCAGUCCUUAUAGGUUGCUAAUUCUGCUCCGUCUUGCUGCACUUGGUUUGUUUCUUACAUGGAGGGUUCGACACCCGAACCGUGAGGCAAUGUGGUUGUGGGGAAUGUCAGUGACUUGUGAGUUAUGGUUUGCAUUUUCGUGGAUUCUUGAUCAGCUUCCUAAGCUAUGUCCAGUGAAUAGAAGUACUGAUUUGUCUGUUUUGAAAGAUCGGUUUGAGUCUCCAAAUCUGCGAAAUCCGAAAGGGAGAUCUGAUCUACCUGGAAUUGAUGUAUUUGUUUCAACGGCAGACCCAGAAAAAGAGCCUCCUCUUGUCACUGCAAACACCAUUCUCUCUAUCCUUGCAGUCGAUUAUCCUGUGGAAAAAGUUGCUUGUUAUUUGUCUGAUGAUGGUGGAGCUCUUUUGACAUUUGAAGCUCUUGCUGAGACUGCUAGUUUUGCAAGAGUUUGGGUUCCUUUCUGCAGAAAGCAUCAAAUAGAGCCUAGAAAUCCUGAAGCUUAUUUUGGCCAGAAGCGCGAUUUUCUCAAGAACAAGGUUCGGUUGGACUUUGUUAGGGAGAGGAGAAGGGUGAAGAGGGAAUAUGAUGAAUUCAAAGUCAGGAUAAAUUCUUUACCUGAAUCUAUAAAAAGAAGGUCAGAUGCUUACAAUGCUCAUGAGGAGUUACGAGCAAAGAAGAAACAAAUGGAAACAGGUUCAGAUGUAUCUGAACUCCUCAAGGUUCCUAGAGCAACAUGGAUGUCUGAUGGUUCUCAUUGGCCUGGAACUUGGCCAUCAGCUGAACCUGAUCACUCUAGAGGUGAUCAUGCUGGUUUAAUUCAGGCAAUGUUGGCUCCACCAAAUGUAGAACCAGAAUAUGGUUCAGAAGCUGAUGGAGAGAACUUAAUUGACACAACAGAUGUUGAUGUUAGGUUGCCAAUGCUUGUUUAUGUGUCUCGUGAGAAGAGGCCAGGAUACGAUCACAACAAGAAAGCAGGCGCGAUGAAUGCUCUUGUUCGAACUAGUGCUAUCAUGUCCAAUGGACCAUUCAUUCUCAAUCUUGACUGUGAUCAUUACAUCUACAACUCUUUGGCUCUCAGGGAAGGUAUGUGCUUUAUGCUUGACCGGGGUGGUGACAGAAUAUGUUAUGUUCAAUUCCCUCAAAGGUUUGAGGGUAUUGAUCCGAGCGACCGAUAUGCAAACCACAACACAGUGUUCUUUGAUGUGAGCAUGAGAGCUCUAGAUGGCUUACAAGGGCCAAUGUAUGUUGGAACUGGCUGCAUAUUCAGAAGAACGGCUCUUUACGGGUUUAGCCCACCAAGAGCUUCAGAACAUCAUGGAUGGUUUGGCAGGAGGAAAAUUAAGUUGUUUUUGAGAAAGCCUAAGGUGUCAAAAAAGGUAGAAGAUGAAGUGGCAUUGCCAAUCAAUUGUGAUCACAACGACGACGAUGCAGAUAUCGAGUCCUUGCUUCUUCCCAAAAGGUUUGGGAAUUCUACUUAUCUAGCUGCAUCAAUUCCAAUGGCAGAAUACCAAGGAAGAUUGCUUCAAGAUUCAAAAGGAAAGGGAACACAAGGAAGGCCUGCAGGUUCUCUUGCCGUGCCUCGCGAACCAUUAGAUGCUGCUACGGUGGCCGAGGCAAUUAGUGUCAUAUCUUGUUUCUAUGAGGAUAAAACUGAGUGGGGAAAACGAGUCGGGUGGAUAUAUGGUUCAGUUACAGAAGAUGUUGUUACUGGUUACAGAAUGCACAAUAGAGGGUGGAGAUCAGUUUACUGUGUGACCAAAAGAGAUGCUUUUAGAGGAACAGCACCAAUCAAUUUAACAGACAGACUCCAUCAAGUUCUUCGAUGGGCGACAGGUUCGGUCGAGAUCUUCUUCUCAAGGAACAAUGCAUUAUUAGCAAGUCCUAGAAUGAAAUUCUUGCAAAGGGUUGCAUAUUUCAAUGUUGGAAUGUACCCUUUCACUUCAAUGUUUUUGAUUGUGUAUUGCUUUCUACCAGCAUUAUCCUUAUUUUCUGGUCAGUUUAUAGUCCAAUCUCUCAAUGUAAAUUUUCUAGUGUACUUGCUUGGAAUAACAGUCACACUAUGCAUGCUUGCACUGCUUGAGAUCAAAUGGUCCAAAAUCACUCUACAUGAUUUGUGGAGAAAUGAACAGUUCUGGUUAAUUGGUGGAACAAGUGCACACCCUGCUGCUGUUUUACAAGGCUUGUUGAAGGUGAUAGCAGGAGUAGACAUCUCAUUUACACUGACUUCAAAAUCAGCAACUCCAGAAGAUGGAGAUGAAGAGUUUGCUGAUCUUUAUGAGGUAAAGUGGAGCUUUUUAAUGGUACCUCCAAUCACAAUCAUGAUGGUGAAUGCUAUUGCUAUUGCUGUGGGUGUAGCUAGGACUCUAUAUAGUCCAUUUCCACAGUGGAGCAAAUUAGUAGGAGGGUUGUUUUUCAGCUUCUGGGUGUUAUGUCAUCUUUACCCUUUUGCAAAGGGACUUAUGGGAAGGAGAGGUAAGGUUCCAACCAUUAUAUAUGUUUGGUCUGGAUUACUCUCAAUUAUUAUUUCUCUGCUUUGGGUUUAUGUUAACCCUCCUUCUGGUGCAAAACCACAAGAUUACAUGAAUUUUUAGUUCUCUUAGAGUUUAGUUUGAGGAGGGUGAAGUUCCUCUACUUCACCUUGCAUCUGUAUGUUUUAAAAGUGAUUUUUAUUUUGUAAUAUUGUGGGUAUAUCUUACUUUCUAUUAUUCUGAUUGUGUGGAGCACUCAAUAUUAGAGAGAGAAAAGUAGGAAUUUCCAAACUUGGUGCUGUAAUUGGUUAAUUAGUCAAAUUAUGUUGCUAAUAUAUCAAAUGAAUGAGAUAAACAUCAUUUCCAACCUA